UGAAAACGUUCUAUAGUGGUGCAUUCGGAGAUAGGUGGACUCGUAGUGUAUAUAGUAUUGCGAAAGAAAACAUGCGUUUGCUCUGUCUAGCUCUGAUACUCAGCGUCGCUGUCACUGAUGUUUUGGGAGGGAGAGAUUUCUACGACAUACUCGGAGUACCUAGGUCCGCGAAUGUCAACCAAAUAAAGAAGGCCUACAGAAAACUCGCCAAGGAAUUACAUCCUGACAAGAACAAGGACGAUCCUGCCGCACAGGAUAAAUUUCAAGAUCUUGGAGCCGCCUAUGAGGUUCUUGUCGACGCCGAGAAGAGGAAGCAGUACGAUCGCUACGGCGAGGAAGGUUUGAAGGAUAUCGGCCGUGGUGGAGGUGAUCCUUUCGCGUCGUUCUUCGGAGAUUUCGGCUUCUUCGGCGGUGACGACCGACCGAGAGAGACUCCGAAGGGCAGCGAUGUCGUGAUGGACUUGUGGGUCACACUCGAGGAGCUAUACAACGGUAAUUUCGUUGAGAUUGUUAGGAAGAAGCCGGUUUACAAACAAUCUUCUGGAACGAGGAAAUGUAACUGUCGUUCGGAGAUGGUGACUCGGCAGAUCGGACCAGGAAGAUUCCAGAUGCUUCAACAGCAAGUUUGCGACGAGUGUCCAAACCUGAAACUAGAGACCGAGGAAAGAACGCUGGAAGUGGAGAUAGAAGUUGGUAUGAGGGACGGUCAAGAGCAGCUGUUCACAGCCGAAGGGGAGCCUCACAUUGACGGUGAUCCUGGAGAUCUGAAGCUGAGAAUCAGAACAGCACCUCAUCCAGUCUUCCAGAGAAAGGGAGAUGAUCUCUUCACAAAUAUCACAAUUUCCCUCGACGACGCCUUGGUCGGAUUCGAAACAGAGAUUACACACCUCGACGGUCACAAGGUCAAAGUGAGCCGAGAUGGAAUCACGUGGCCUGGAGCCCGCAUGCGGAAGCCGAACGAAGGAAUGCCCAACUACGAGAACAACAACCGGAAAGGCACUCUCUACGUGACGUUCGACGUCAAGUUCCCGAAGAGUCCGUUCACCGAGGAGCAGAAACAAACCAUCCGAUCCCUCCUCGAGCCUGAACAUGCCGACGCUUCGGUAUACAACGGAUUAGGAUACCAUUGAAGUUCGAAUUGAGCGCUCCGGCUGACGGCUCUGAAGACAAAGCCCGUUGAUGUACAUUGUAGACAAGAAAUCUGCAGUUGAUUAUUUAUUCUGCCUCCGCUAUUGUAAAUAAACUUUUUAGGAAGGA